UUCGACCUCCCCCUCUCAUAUUCGUUGAAUCACUCUUCUGGGUUCUUUACUUUUCUUUCCCUAGAUCAAAGUCCACUUUUUCUAGAUCUGGGUUCGGACAAAGACUGUGUCUUUCUGCAUUCUGCCGUUUUUUAUUCAGCUCGAUACUAUCCAGGCAAUGCCAAUUUAAACAAAAAAAGAAGUAAUGUAAAAGAUGAAAUAAAGAUUCGAUCUUUGUAUACCUUAAGGGAGGUGGUUAGAGUUACAAAUGGGUGAGGCGCAGAAGACUUUUCAAGUGCCACGUCACCACACAUCUCUCAAGAAGCCCUUAUGGGUCGUCUUAACAGUUUCAGUGAUCAGCAUGCUUCUCAUCAGUACCCACAUGUUCCCACGACAAGGCAAGAAGAGCUCCUCGGAUGCUCUCUCCGCGUGGCUGCCUGCUCAUGUGAGAAAACACACUGAUGAGGAGAUAGCAGCUAGAGCAGUGGUCAGAGACAUACUUAAAACGCCUCCCUCCAUAACCGAAAACUCCAAAAUCGCUUUCUUGUUCUUGACUCCGGGGACUUUGCCGUUUGAGAAGCUCUGGGAUGAGUUCUUCAAGGGUCAUGGAGGGAAGUUUUCUAUUUACAUCCACCCGUCCAAGGAACGGCCAGUUCAUAUCAGCCGUCACUUUUCUGAUAGGGAGAUUCAUAGUGAUGAGGUCACGUGGGGAAGGAUCUCAAUGGUUGAUGCUGAGAAGCGUUUACUGGUUAAUGCUCUUGAAGAUCCUGACAACCAACACUUUGUUCUUCUUUCAGAGAGUUGUAUACCGUUGCAUACUUUUGACUACACCUACAGAUAUUUGCUAUACUCCAACAUCAGCUUCAUUGAGAGUUUUGUGGAUCCUGGACAACAUGGUACUGGUAGACACAUGGAACACAUGUUACCUGAAAUUGCUAGGGAAGAUUUUAGAAAGGGUGCUCAGUGGUUCACAAUGAAGCGACAACACGCGAUUAUAGUGAUGGCUGAUGGUCUCUACUACUCAAAAUUCCGCGAGUAUUGUGGUCCAGGGAUAGAGGCAGACAAGAACUGUAUUGCUGAUGAACAUUACUUGCCAACAUUCUUCAGUAUGCUUGAUCCCAUGGGGAUCUCGAACUGGUCAGUAACGUAUGUUGAUUGGUCUGAAAGAAGGUGGCAUCCAAAGACUUACACAGCAAAUGAGAUAUCAUUAGAGUUCAUAAAAAAUGUCACGUCUGAGGAAAUGAGUACACACGUCACAAGUGUGGGAGAGCAUGGAGAUGAGCUGCAUUGGCCUUGUACAUGGAAUGGGAUCACGCGACCUUGUUAUCUGUUUGCAAGGAAGUUUCAUCCUGAUGCUCUUGACACUUUGGUCAAUCUCUUCCCUAACUACACAAGCACAGCUGCCUGAGAGAUGAUUCUUGAGCCGAUUCUUGGACCUAAUUAUAUUCUUGGAUCUUUUAGAUACUGUAAAUUUUCUUGAAAAAAAAGUUGAUGUUUCUUGGUGAAACUGAAAUCCGCUUAUACGCAAUUAGAGCA